UUUGCUCUCAAGUUCUAGAGAGAGAGAGAGAAACAGAGUAGUAGAGCGAGAAGGGUCUGCUUUGGCGGUUGGAAGCAGAAGCAGCAGCAGCAGUUGCUAUCAGAACUUUGCUUCAUAUAAACAAAAAUCUCAGGAGUUAGAUUAGUCCAACGGCUCUCUUCUCCCAUUCAUUAAUUCUCUUCAAACCAAAGCAAAUAAACAGAACCAAAGCAGAAUACAUAAACAAUCCUUUUUGUUGUUGUUAUGGUUUGAUUCUUGGUAGCCAUCCCUCGCCCAACUUCACCUUCUCUGACAUAAUCACAACACCUUCCCUUUUCUUCUCUCGUUUCUUCUAUCUGUCCCUAUAUAAUCAGUUAAUCACAUAUCGUGGAGUUCGUGUACGGAACUGAGUUUGCCUCUUUUUUGUUUUUUUGGUGGUUGCAAAUAAAAGGUCUAAAUUUUGAAGCUUUGGAGAAAAAUUCCAAUGGAUACUGUUCAGUCUGAGUCAUCUUCCAGUAAUACCUCCAUCACUAUUUCAUCCUCUUCGUCGUUAUGUACCACACCACCACGAAGUGAAAGCACUCAUGUUACUGCCCCUAUUGUUCAAGAGAGGCUUCCAACUUCCUUCUACUUAAGAUUAGCUAUGAGGGUAUCCAGAGCAAGAUGGUUCAUCUUCUUGAGAAGAGUUUUUCACUACCAGAACGGAUCAAGAUCAGACCUUGGCUCCAACCCUUUCAACUCCAGCACGUGGAUGAUGUCUGAGCUCAUAGCUCUGUUUAUUCAGCUUACUGUCAUAACAUUCACACUAGCUAUCUCCAAAGAUGAGAGACCUAUUUGGCCGGUGAGGUUAUGGAUCACAGGCUAUGAUGUGGGAUGUCUCCUUAGUCUCAUGCUCUUGUAUGGUCGGUUUCGCCAACUAGACCAUGACCAUGGCGAUAUUGAGCAGCGACAUAGAGGCACAGAAGACAACAGGAGCUCUCGUUUGAUGAACAGAUGCAGAACGUCGCUAGAGCUUUUCUUUGCGAUUUGGUUUGUGAUUGGGAAUGUUUGGGUGUUCGAUUCUAGGUUCGGUUCUUUCAACCAUGCUCCAACUCUCCACGUCCUCUGCGUCUCUCUUCUAGCUUGGAACGCUCUCUGCUAUUCGUUUCCUUUUCUUCUCUUCAUGUUCCUCUGUUGCAUUGUGCCUCUCGCUAGUAGCCUCCUUGGAUACAACAUGAACAUGGGAUCUUCAGACAGAGGAGCAUCUGAUGACGAAAUCUUUAGUCUCCCUAGCUGGAAAUACAAACGAAUCGAUGACAAUGCUUCAGCUCCUGCAACCGAUGAUCCACAGUGUUGUAUAUGUUUAGCAAAGUAUAAAGACAAGGAUGAAGUAAGAGAGCUACCAUGUUCACAUAAGUUUCAUCUAAAGUGUGUAGAUCAGUGGCUUCGUAUAAUCUCUUGUUGUCCUCUCUGCAAACAAGAUCUUCCCAGAUGAUAAAAGGCAAACACCCUAAAGCAGACAAGAGCUCAUAAGAGUCAAAGUCUCUGAAAUUAAGUUAUAUAGUUUUUUUUUGGUUUGGUUUCUUCUUUCAAAGGUUUUUUUUUUCUUGAUUUGAUAUGAAGCAAGUAGGUUAUUUGUGUGAGUGUCAACUUUUUUGUACAGAAAGAGCUCACCAGUAAUCCUAAAGUACAUUGUGAGGAGAUACAUAUAGCAUCUUGAUGUAGACUUAGUAAACUUCAUGUGCUACUU